GUAAGUUGGCCAAUUGUGAUAUCCUUUUUUUUGUUUAUCUCUGAUGCCAGUUUGGCCACUUGCAAUCUGCGUGCGUGACCAUAGAAAUGUCAUCCUUGGCUGCAGCAUUUUUGGUGGUGUUCCUGAUCCUACUCUAUGGAUGCUGUAACUGCAAGCCAAUGGAUGCUGAACUGUGUUCUGGUCGGUGCGGGAUUCAUAACAUAAGCCAUCCUUUCAGGCUGAAAGACAGUCCAGACAAGUGUGGUGAUCCGAGGUACAACCUAUCCUGCGAGGACAGCCAAUUGAUGCUGUAUUUGGGAUUAGGAAAAUACUAUGUAAAGUCCAUUAAUUACCACAACCUCACAAUACGACUAGUGGAUGUGGGUGUCAAUCAUGGUUACUCCUCCCUCCCUCGUUACUCUCUAACCUCCUACAAUUUCAGCUCUCAUACGCCAUAUCGAGUGUUUAUUGAUUCGUACAGAGAUAGAUUGGGAAAGCUUAUGUUAUAUCUUAGCUGCCCAAAUCCUCCGGUGGGUUCUUCUGAUGUGUAUGUUGAUGACGCUGCAAGCUGCAUGAAUAGUUCCUAUGAAGUUGGGAGCACUUUCUAUGUGAAUGUUGAUGGCAAAUCUCUAUGGGAUUUGGGGCUGAGAGACUCGUGUCGCUUGGAGUUAAUGUAUCUGACAUCAUGGCCUGCUCAAAUCAAUAACCGCAACAUUUCAUGCAGAGACAUCCAUGAUACGCUGCUUUAUGGCUUCGAACUUUCUUGGCUUCAUAGUCCCUGUAAAGAUCGUCAGUAUUUCAAGCACUACAGUGGUUGUGUAUUAGGCAGGUCAAAUUUAUUGCAGCUGCUCCAAAUAUGCCUAAUGGGUUCUAUAGCAGCUUUGGAAGUUUUGUUCUUAUAUUGUGUUGCUAAAUGUGUACUUGGAUCUCCAUUCGUCAUUGUCUUAUUGAUCCGUAAAUGGCGACGGAGGCAUUUAUCUAUGUAUGACACCAUUGAAGAUUUUCUACGAAGUGAUAAUAAUAUCAUGCCUAUAAGGUACUCUUACAAAGACAUCAAGAAGAUAACAGAACGAUUCAAGACAAAGUUAGGGAAUGGAGGUUAUGGCUCUGUCUUCAAAGGACAACUUCGAAGUGGCCGUUUAGUGGCCGUCAAGAUAUUGGAUAAAGCCAAAGCCAGUGGUCAAGAUUUCAUCAAUGAAGUUGCUACCAUUGGUAGGAUUCACCAUGUCAACGUUGUGCAACUCAUUGGUUUUUGUGUUGAGGGAUCAAAGCGUGCUCUUAUAUACGAAUUCAUGCCAAAUGGGUCUCUCGAAAAAUACAUUUUUUCUCAUGAAGAGAGUUCUUUCUUAAGUUGUGAAAAAUUGUUUGCCAUUUCUCUUGGAGUGGCUCGUGGCAUUGAAUAUAUGCAUAAUGGGUGCAACAUGAAAAUUCUACACUUUGAUAUCAAGCCUCAUAACAUCCUUCUUGAUGAGAAUUUCAAUCCAAAAGUUUCUGAUUUUGGACUUGCAAGACUUUAUCCUACAGAUAGUAGUAUUGUGUCUUUGACUGCAGCAAGAGGAACCUUAGGAUACAUGGCACCUGAGCUCUUCUACAGAAAUGUUGGCACUGUGUCAUACAAAGCUGAUGUCUAUAGCUUUGGGAUGUUGUUAAUGGAGAUGGCUGGUAGAAGGAAGAAUUGGAAUGAAUAUUUGGCUGAGGAUUCAAGCCUAAAUUACUUCCCUUACUGGGUUUAUGAUCGGUUACAUGAUGGAAGAGAAUUUACAAUUGAAAAUGACACAGAUGAGGAGAUGAAAUUGGCAAAAAAAAUGUUCAUUGUAGCAUUGUGGUGUAUACAGACAAGCCCUAGCGAUCGUCCUCCGAUGGAUAAAGUGUUAGAGAUGCUCAAAGAAGAUGAGGAAUUACAAAUGCCGAGUAAGGCUCCUUAUCUACAUCCAGAAGAUCUACCAGCAAAGGAUGCUAGAGGUCAUAGCAGCUCAAUGCCAUCCUCUGAGAUAUCAAUAAGUGGUUCCAAUGAGUCAAUCUGAUCUCACAUCAUCUGAAUCAAGCUAGUAGCCUUGUAGUUAUAGCCUAAGGUAUAUGUUAUGUUGAAGUACAAAUCAAUUACUGUAUUGAUUGAUUGAAUAAGAAAUUGGCUUCAAUUUAUGAAGUCCUC